AUGAUUCUAGAUUUAGAUGGUUGUUAUAUAACAGGUGAUCAGAAGAUUUAUGAAGGACAAAACAUAAGCUUGACCUGUGAUGCAAAUGGCUAUCCGUAUCCUACAUUUACCUGGUAUUUACAAGGACAGCAACUUAGGACAAGUUCUCGGAUAAGAAUACAGGGAAGCCAGUUAAACAUUUUCAAUGCUACGUCAUAUGAUGAUGGGGAAUAUAAAUGCGUCGCUUCUAACCAAGCCGGCCAGGUCUCGCAUGGAGUUGACGUUGCAGUAAGAGGUUAGUGAAAUAUGUGUGCAUUAUAACUUACAAUUUAUAAGUCACAGAGAAAUUGUGGCUGUUGCUGUUCAAUUCGAAAUCUUAUUAAUGUUAGUACUGCAGUUUGCCUGUUUAAUUUAAUACCGGACGUCCUAGUCCUUGAGUCACGUCCGGUUCACGUAGGGCUGCUACUCCGCAUGUUAUAAUUUUCAACAAUCUGCUGCGUGCCAAUCGCUGAAUGUUUUAAUCACUGAAUUAUAAAAUACAGUAUAGUUAUCGAUAAAACGACUUAAUUUCUUCUUAUUUAUAAAACCAGGAUUCAAAGUACAUGGCGCAAAGUAUUAUAUACCACAAAGAGAUUUUCGUGUGUUUAUUGAUUUGAUUGGCUAUAUUCAAGAAAUUUCAAGUCAACGACAGCUAUUAAUAUUACCAUGAUUGGAAUCUUACUUGGCGAAAUAUCAUGUAUAAAAUAUUUACUUGACAAACUGCAACAACUAUAUACAGCAGAAAAACUUGAUAAACAACAACUACAGCAGAUAUGUUUUUAUACAGUUGAAGUAAGCCCUUUCUAAUAAGUCAUUUCAAUUGUUUUCUUUAUACCAGAUUUUCCUCCGGUUGACAUUUCGACAAAUACACGGAAAUAUAUUGUAGUCGGUACAGAAAUUCGCUUCAGGUGUCAUGGAAUAGAUCAAUUUUAUAUUCGUCACAUUCAGCGGAAGAUGGAGCUGGUCAAAGGCGAAAUUACUUUAUAUGAAUGGCGGCGGUUGUGGAAUAAUUCAAUCACGCCAACAUAUCAUGCAAGACAAAACUACACGGGAAGAUAUCGGUGCAAAGCAACUAUUGGUGCAGCAUCGAGAUACUCUCCACCUUUAUAUUUAAUAGUCGGAAGUAAGUACAGUAUUUUAUAUCAGUUUCACUUUAGUUAAUUUAUAAAUUAAAACACACAGUCUAGCUGUUCAGCGGGAUGUGUAUUGAACCGGAAGUAACUGGACAAGAAAACCUUAAGAUCUAAGAGCUAACAUUGCCAUUCAGUUAAACAAACAAACAAACCUACUAGAUAAAGAUAUAACUAUUUUGCCAAGGUAACUGCAAGAUUGUUGAUUGGCAACGUCAGCUGAUUUCUAUACUGUACUAAUAUAGCCUGUAGAUAAGAGUGUGGUUUGAAAAGUAAUUUUGAAAAAAACAACGUUUCUUUCGUUUGGGUGAUUGUCACAAGCAAAAGAAAUAUUGAUUUACGUAUUAAUUCUUCUGGCACCGAAUUUCAUUCAAAUUCGAAUCAAUCAGAUUCGAUUCAAAUAGAUCACUCAAUCAGAAUCGAACUUUUUAUCGUUGUAUACUACUGGCUGCUAAAUUGAAUUAUACUUUAUAUAGUUCCUUCUGGGCCUGUCGUUUUGGAAAAGAAACCGGAAACUAGUACAACUGGAAUCAAACUUUCAUGGAAACCUGUUUCAAAUAAGUUUUGGAAUGGAGAGCAAGUGACGUUUGAAGUAAAUGUUUCUUCAGUGGCUCAUGUCUGGCAAAAAUCACGUGUAACAAAAGCCACAAGUGCACUUAUUUCGGGUCUACUUCCAACAACUACAUACAUUGUCAGUAUAAGAGGAAGGACAGUUUUUGGUUCUUUUCAAAAUGUUACCUUAUCUGUGGUGAAAACAAAAGAAAGUAAGUUUGAUCUAAAUUUUUGAAAUUUUAAUCCUGUUCAGUUAACAUGCGUGGACAUUGACUAGGAGUUUAUUUAGUGAAAAUUUGAAAUGCUUAGUUUUGUGAUCGAAUCACUAUCCCUCAUGUUACAAUCACCCAUAAUGAUAGCGAACUUGCAUGCAAUGUUGUAAGCAGUACGUAUAUUUUGUAGAUAAGAACAGUAAGAAAUUCCUGCUUCAAAUACGAUUAACAAAUCAUGAAUUUUCAAAAAACUUAUUGGACACACAAUCUAGUCAGUACAAGAACCUCAAAACUAAACUGGAGGACUCG